AUGCCGCUUCUAAAAUCUUAUGUAACCUGGAACAACAAAGGAGGCGUUGGCAAAACUACGCUAACUUUUCACAUGUCUACGCAUUACGCACUGACUCUGCCGCCUUUAGCUUUGUCUCCUGAAACCGUUUUGGUGAUAGAUCUCUGCCCUCAAGCAAAUGUUUCAAUGGCGUUGAUAGGAAAAGAAAAUGUCGAUUAUUUGACUUCGCAACGUAGAACAAUAAGCUUCUAUCUUCAUUGCGUGUCCAUUUCGUAUGAUCUUUCAACUGUAGACCUACUGGCAUUCUUGACCCAGGUGAACGACUUCAACAAUAAAAUACCAUCAAAUGUUUACCUUCUCUGUGGAGACAUUCAUCUUGAAACAGUCGCUCGUUCAUUGGAACAAAAGAGGAUUGGGAACCUUCCAGAUGACAGUACUUGGGUCUUCAUUAUCUCCUCUGUCCGCUAUUUUAUAGAGGGACAUGAUAAUCGAGGGACAUUGUGCUUUACCCCAGGGGUAGCAUGCCAACCAGGAGACAACAGAAGAUGGGUCGUUUUCACCGAUACUAACCCUUCUUUCUCGGUAUACACCGAAGUCGCCCUGCUCGCAGCACAGAGGCUUAUAAUCCCAGUAAAUGCCGACGACUUUUCUAGGGAAGCCCUGAAAUCGCUGCUUCAUUUAAUAUACGGAAUCGCUGAAGCUGAAUUGCCGCCUGAAUUUAAACUUUACGGCCACACACUAUCUUUCAGCUACAAAUGUAAGACGAACGGCCUCCAACUACCCCUGAUAUAUCUUCUCAUACACAACUGA